AUGGCUAGUGCAGACGGUGGUGCUUACAGUUAUUCUCUUACUGUCUUUUCCCCAAGCGGGAAGCUUGUUCAGAUCGAACAUGCCUUGGCAGCUGUAUCUCAAGGAACGACGAGUCUUGGGAUAAAAGCCUCCAAUGGAAUAGUCAUCGCUACGGAAAAGAAAUCACCCUCAAUCUUGGUUGACGACUCAAUGUUGGAGAAAGUGGCAGUCGUUUGCCCAAAUAUCGGCAUAGUCUACUCUGGUAUGGGCCCAGAUUUCCGCGUCCUGAUAACAAGAGCGCGGAAAAGUGCACAAGCAUAUUGGAAGAUGUAUGGCGAAUAUCCCCCAACCCGCGUGUUGACACAAGAGAUCGCGAACGUUAUGCAACAAGCAACUCAAUCUGGUGGUGUACGGCCGUAUGGUGUUUCCCUAUUAGUGGCGGGCUGGGAUAUUACUCGAGGGCCUACUCUAUACCAAGUGGAUCCUUCCGGAUCGUACUGGGCAUGGAAGGCCAGUGCCAUAGGAAAGAAUAUGAUUAACGCUAAGACUUUCUUGGAAAAGCGAUACAACGACGAUAUUAGCCUCGAAGACGCGAUACACACGGCGCUUCUAACCCUGAAAGAAGGAUUUGAAGGGCAAAUGACGGAGAAGACGAUUGAACUGGGUGUGGUCACAGUGCCGACGCCUGCAGAAAUUGAAGCAGGUCGCACCGGUUCAGCGACGGGAAGACCUAAACCGACUUUCAGGAAAUUGACGGAAGAGGAAGUACGCGAUUAUCUCGCUUUGUAA